UCGGACGGCCCAUCAUUGAGCAGUGACGUGUUGACUCAGAAUGGAGGCGGGGCUUCAGCCUUCACCUCAACACCUGUCAGCUCACCAUCUGAAAGCUGCAGGUGGGACAGACGUUCUUACCAGCGUUGUCUGUAGAGUCGCCGUCCAUCCUGCUGCAGCGCGCAGAGGAAAGAUCCAGGAGCAGGCUCCAUCGCAGCGCUCUGUGGCUGAACUCGCCAGGAGGUUCAAAGGUGCGGCUCCGCCACAAAGUCCCGCCGGGAAUGAACAGGAGAAGCUGGUCAGACGGCGACCGCCCCGCACCUUACAGCUGUCCAAAUCCCAGGGAGACGAGCAGGAGCCUCCUGCAGGUGGCCCAACGUCACCUGUCAAAGUCAAGAGGAACUCUGGUCUAAUUGAGAAAAUCCAGGCUGAACUCGUGCUCUCACCCACGGGUCCUCCUAUGAAGAGCCCCGGCAUCAGGAUGCUGCCUCUCAACUUCCCCCUGCCCUCCCCUGGCUCCGCCCCACCUGCUACCUCAGUAACCACCUCGUCCUCAGCGACCCCCACCAGCCCAGUCGCCUCCUCUCCUGUAACUGAAACGGAAGGCCCCGCCUCUUUUGAGGAACCUGCCACUGUGUUGGAGGGAUCGGUCCUGCAGAGCAUCAACAAGGGCAGAGCUCGCCACUCCAUCCGCCGCCGUCCUCCAUCACGCCGCCACAGGACAUCCAGCAGUGGAGAGGUGGAGGUCAAAGACGCAGCAGAUACGCAGCUGAGUUCCCCAACUGACCCCGCCGACAAAACUGCAGCAGGCGGCGAGCAGGACGGCGAGCAGGCCGGCGAGCAGGCCGGCAAGCAGGAUGGCGAGGGUGACGUGUUCAAGAAGGAGGAUCCCACAGACGCCCCAUUGGCUCCUGAGAAAAACCAACCUCACAAAGAGGAAGAGCCAAAGAGCGGUGACGGUGAUGUGAAGGAGGGAGAGAAAGGGUCUGUGGAAGGAGAGGAGGAGGAGGCAUCAUCAUCAUCAUCAGAGAAGAAGGAGGAGGAGGAGGAGCCGAGCUCGUCAGUGACGCAGAAAAAGGACCUGACCGAAGACGCUACGCAGACAGACGGCAAAGAAGAAGAACAGAGCGAGGAGGCGACGAGCUCAGCCCGAUGAGGAGCCACACGUCGACGAGCCCCUGGAGUUCUGGGAGGGAAACCCUGUAUCAGCUACACCUGACUGAAGAGGCCUGCAGACGCUCGGGAGGCAAAUAUUUAGAAACUGUGAGGCGCCGCCCGCCAUCUGCGAAUGAGCGAAGACGCUCAGCCAAUCGUGCGAAGGUCCAGCCGAGCUUGUUUACCUCCACCUUCGACUCAACGCCUUUCCACACCGCAACACUGCAUUCUUCCUGUUCAGCCAUAGAUACUGUGACCUGUCUGUUCUUACUGUGUGGUGCCUUCAGUGAUGAUGAUGAUGAUGAUGAUGAGUGGUUUGUGUGUGUGUCUUUCUGUUUAAAGCCAUGUUUGUAAUGAAAAGUGAUCUCCACAGCUGUGAGGGGAAUCCUCGAAGCCUCGUUAGGUUUGAUUGAUUUCCGGGAACCUCCGAGGUUUUGAUUGGAUCACGACACACAGCCUGAGGAGGCGGUGAUGUCACAAAGUGCUUCUGAUGAUGAAGUUAAAAUACUUUCGCUACUGUAAUGAUGAUCUGCUCUGUUUCAUUUUAUCUGGCAAUGCUCAAAGAAAUAAAGAGUUGCUAAUGA